AUGGCCCCAACAACAUGCGUUAACUGCAAGGAGGCGCGGGCAGUCAUCAUUCGUCCAAAGAACAGACAGAAGAUCUGCCGCGCCUGUUUCCUCCACAUCUUUGAAACCGAAGUCCACGAAACCAUCACUUCCGCAAACCUCUUCUUCCCCGGCGAGCGAGUGGCGAUCGGCGCCAGCGGUGGAAAGGAUAGCACCGUCCUCGCUGCGGUCCUGAAGACGCUGAACGAACGAUACAAUUACGGCCUGGACCUAUGUCUCCUUUCGAUCGACGAGGGUAUCCGCGGAUACCGCGACGACAGUUUAGAGACGGUGAAGCGCAACGCCGUGCAAUAUGAAAUGCCGCUCGAGAUCCUCGGGUACGGCGAGCUGUACGGGUGGACGAUGGACCAGGUGGUGGCUCAGAUUGGGAAAAAGGGCAACUGCACAUAUUGUGGAGUGUUCCGGCGGCAGGCGUUGGACCGGGGCGCGGCGAAGCUGGGCAUCAAGCAUGUUGUGACGGGACACAACGCCGACGAUGUGGCCGAGACGGUUAUGAUGAAUUUGCUUCGUGGCGAUCUGCCACGGCUCUCGCGGGGGACUAGUAUCGUUACGGAUUCGGGGGCGUCGGAUAUCAAGCGCAGCAAGCCGCUCAAAUAUGCCUAUGAGAAGGAAAUCGUGCUUUAUGCGCAUCAUCGCCAGCUCGAUUACUUUACGACCGAGUGUAUCUACUCGCCGGAGGCGUUUCGGGGAAGUGCACGGACAUUGAUCAAGGAUUUAGAGAAAAUUCGCCCUAGUUCCAUAUUGGACAUUGUGAAGAGCGGCGAGGACAUGGCUGCUCUUGUGCCCAACCAAGAUAGUGGCAAGAACGGGCAAGCGGCUACUGCCGAGGAUGAGUCUGCUGGUGGUUGUGGGAGCGCAAAUGGCCGAAGCAGUGGAGGUGAAAUGGCUGCGAUGGAAGAGCAACUGGCCAGCAACGAAGACGCCGGCUCUCGCGAGACGGAGAUCAAGUUGCCCAAGACAGCCCCCAAGAAAGCAGGGAAAGCGGGCAAGCCUGCUAUCAAGACACAGACGCUUCAACACUGUGAGAAAUGCGGGUAUAUGUCUAGCCAGGCGAUCUGCAAAGCCUGCAUGCUUUUGGAUGGCUUGAACCGGAACCGUCCAAAGACCGAAAUCAAUAUUGGCAUGGAAGAUGAAGAAGGCAGCUCGACUUUGAUGAGACAGAUGGAAAAGAUCCAGUUGACCAACAGCUGA